AUGAACGGCAUGAGCGCGCCAUUUGCUCCGCCGGGGUCGGCAUGGUCAGAGCACCGUACCCCCGACGGCCGCGUCUACUACUACAACUCGCUGACCAAGGUCACCCAAUGGACGAAGCCAGAAGAGCUAAUGACGCCGGUCGAGCGCGCGCUUGCAAACCAACCAUGGAAAGAGUACACGGCUGAAGGCGGCCGUAAGUACUGGUACAACACCGAGACGAAGCAGAGCACUUGGGAGAUGCCCGAGGUCUACAAGCGCGCCCUGGGCAUCGCCGACGGGCCAUCGACGGCUGCCGCUCCCACCGGCUCUGCCCGGCACGGCGGCCAUGGAGGUGCCGACCACUACCGCGACCGUGACUCGCAUGAUUCGCGCCAGCUGACCUCUGGCAACAACAUCCAGGCCCAGGCCUUCGUCCCUGCCACCAACGACCCCGAGUAUGCAACGCCUGAGGAGGCUGAGGCCGCCUUCACCAAGCUGCUCCGCCGCAGCGGCGUUCAACCCGACUGGUCCUGGGAACAGACCCUUCGUGUCAUCGUCAAGGACCCCCAAUUCCGCGCCAUCAAGGACCCGCGCGAGCGCAAGGCUGCUUUUGAGAAGUAUUGUCAGGACGUCAUCGCCCAAGAUAAGGAGCGUGCAAAAGAGAGGCUGACCAAGCUGCGCGCCGAUUUUGCGACCAUGCUCAAGAGUCAUCCCGAGAUCAAGCACUACACGCGCUGGCGCACUGCCCGUCCCAUCAUUGAGGGCGAGACCAUCUUCCGCUCGACCAACGACGAGAACGAGCGUCGCCAAUUUUUCGAGGAGUACAUCGCCGACCUCAAGAAGGCUCACAAGGACCAACAGGUCCAGCAGCGUAAGAGUGCUAUGGACGGCCUGAUCGAGCUGCUGCCUACGCUGAACCUCGAUCCCUAUACACGCUGGGCCGACGCCCAAGGUACCAUCAUGAGUACCCCGCCCUUCCAGAACGAUGAAAAGUAUAAGUCCCUGAGCAAGUAUGACAUCUUGACUGUCUUCCAAAACCACAUUAAGGCGCUGGAGCGCAAGUUGAAUGACUCCAUCCAGGAGGAGAAGAACAAGAAGUUCCGCCGCGAGCGCAAGAACCGCGACAAUUUCAUUGCUCUGCUGAAUGAGCUGCGCAAAGACGGCAAGAUCAAGGCCGGCACCAAGUGGUCCCAGAUUUUCCCGCUGAUCGAGAAAGACGAGCGCUACCUGGCCAUGGCCGGCCAGCCCGGCUCGACCGCCAUGGAACUGUUCUGGGACAUUGUCGAAGAAGAGGAGCGCGCCCUUCGUAGCACCCGUAAUGAUGUCCUUGAUGUCAUCGAGGACAAGCGUUUCGAGGUCACCCCCAAGACUACCUUCCAAGAAUUUGAGUCUGUGCUCAAAGGAGAUCGUCGUACUGCUAACAUUGAGCGUGACGUUUUGGAGCUUAUCUUUGAGAGGCUGCAAAAACGAGCUAAGCGCUCCGAUGAAGAUAGACAGUCCGACCGUGCCCAACGUCGGGCCCUGGAAGACUUGCGUGCCCACAUGAAACGUAUGGACCCUCCCAUCACCGUCAACGACACCUACGAGCAGGUCCGCGCUCGCCUGGCCCAUGUGCCCGCCUUCCAGGCCGUCUCCUCCGAGGAGGCCCGCCGCGGUGCCUUCGAGAAGUACAUUCGCCGUCUCAAGGAAAAGGAAGAGGAAGCCGAAAAGGAGCGCCAGCGCCGUCGCGACCGCCCCGCCACUGUCGACAGCUACCGCGAUCGCGGCGAGCGCUCCCACCGCGGCAGCGUUCGCUCUGCCCGCAGCCGCAGCCCCGUCGAGCGGGAUUCGUACGAGGCCGAGCGUCGUCAUGCCAUUGCUGAGCGUGAGCGCGAUCGUGAUUAUCGCAAGACCGGUGCCGCUGAUGCGCUGCUCUCCUCUGAUCGCCGCUCUCCUUCCCUCCGCGAUCGGGAACGUGACCGUGAUCGGGAGAGGGACCGUCUGCGUGAACGUGAUAGAGAUCGUGAUCGUGAGCGUGAUCGCGAGCGCGAACGUCCCCGCUCCCGCGAUCGCGGCGACUCCUAUCGUGACAGGGACCGCGAGCGUGACCGUGACCGGGAUCGCGAGCGUGAGAGACCCCGUUCCCGUGAUCGUGAUCGCCCUCGUUCCCGCGACAGAGUCCGCUCUCGCUCGCGCGACCGUACCCGCGAUAGACCCCGUUCUCGCGAUCGUGAACGUCCUCGUUCCCGUGAGCGUGACCGUGAGCGUCCCCGUUCCCGUGAUCGCGGCGUCGACUAUGAUCGCCGCCCGAGCCGGCCGCUGGAUGAUCACAUCCCCCCUCCGAGGCACCACGAUUACGACCGCGCCCCGCUUGCACGUUCUUCUCGCGACGAUGGCUACCGUAGAAGGGUCGUCGUCGAUCGCGAUGUGGAUGAGUUACCCUACGGGGAUGAGAGGCCUCCCAGCUCAUCAGGCAAUGCUCAUAAGGAGAAAGAUAAAGAAAUGGCGACUGCGCCACCGGUUAGGAGGCCCAGACCCGUGGAGUAUGGGGAUGAUAUCCUGGAGGAGGAGAGGGAACGGGAGAGGGGGGUUAAGAGGGUCAAGACAGGGGAAGAAUACAAGAGGAGCCCGGAGAGGAGCUCUAAGAAAGAGGAGGAGAAGGUGGUUGAGAGAGCGGGGAGUGAAGAGGGGGAGAUCGAAGAAGACUAA